GGGCGGCCGGCCGACUGUCGCUGUGAGGACCCCAGAGAGGCAGCAUGGCGGCCCGGGCGGAGUUCGGCUCGUGGUUGGAUUCUCGGCUGGACGCGCUGCAGGUGGACCGGGAUGUUUACGGGACCUACAUCUGCAGCCUGCUGGAGGAGGAGGAGAGCGAGGCCGAGCGCCUGGAGGUUCUGAGAGCCACCCUGUCCGCCGUGCUGGAGGAAGACACAAUCGAAGACGUCUGUCAGCAGAUAUUAAACCAGUGGGCCGACUGCUCAGCUCGAGCCAAAGCUGCCAGCAGCCAAGCUGAAGAUGAGGUUCAGGCCAUCGCCAGUUUGAUAGAGAAGCAGGCCCAGAUUGUGGUGAAGCAGAAAGAAGUACCUGAGCUGGACAAGAAAAGGAAAGAGGCAUUACUCGCUCAAUACGCCAACGUCACAGACGAGGAAGAUGAAGGUGAAGAAGAGGAGGAGUUAGGAGCUGUGGGAAUCCCCAGUGAGAAAUCUCUCUUCAAGAACACCAACGUGGAAGACGUCCUGAACCGCCGCCGGCAUCAGCGGGAGCAGGCAAAGGAGGAUUCGCAUAAAAAGAAAGAGCAGGACAAGAUGCAGAGGGAGAAAGACAAGCUGUCUAAACAGGAGCGCAAGGAAAAAGAGAAGAAACGCACACAGAAGGGAGAGCGCAAGAGAUAGGGGGCACCAUUGGAAUAUGUUUUGGACUUGGUUACGUUCAUCACUGAGAAUGCACGGAAACAGUGGCACCUGUACGGACGGUGUUCUGGUGUAAGGUGUUGGCACCCAUAAUUUUUUUUGUUCUUUUUUUUUUUUUUUUUUUUUUUAAAUAUAAACAUGAGUGACAAGAUGUUGCUAAUGAAUUUUAAUCCAGGGCCUGGCUGACUAAACCAUAACACACAUACAUCACCUCACCCCAUUUCACACUUGUGUUUCCCUGCCCUAAUAAAGGCUUAGAUUGAGAAAAUCCAGGGACUGGUUUAGGAAAGCAUUCUGAAGAAAUAAACAGAAAAACAGACUGGAUCACAAGACAAACACCUAUGUAGUAUGUAUUUACUGCUGAACUCAGUGUUUGAGUUGCAAACAAGUAACAGUGUCUUUACAUGCACUUUACAAUCUGAUAUCUGAUACUGUCAAAAAUCAGAGUUUGUCAGCAAUCUAUUCAUUGUGUUUACAUGAACUUGGGUAAUUAGAUAAUGAGAAAAUAAUCAGAUUUUUGCUUUGCAGCCAGCCAAUGAGAUGUGUAAAUUAUGUAAAAUCCAAAGAGCACACCAUGAUCUUUUUUUUAACACAUCAAGUCUAAAUGUGUGCAUAAAUCAGUAAGAAAAUUAAGUCUAUUAAUUUCCUGUUUCAGUUUUACUCUAAAAGAGUUUUGUUGCCAUCCCCCAGGUGCUGUGUUAAAUGCUGUUUUAUCAUUUUUUGCUACCAGGCUCCGUUUUCGCACAUGCACGGACUAAAAAAAAGAUACAAGGAUACUCUUUAUCAGAUUUCUUAAGUACUCUUAAGUAGAUUUCUACAAUACCAGUGUAUCCUGUUUAUAUGACUACUUAAAUGAUCAGAUAACGGCAGUAAUCCGAUUUUCAAGUGCAUGUAAACACACUCACUGUUAUGUUGCUGGGGUCUUCAGGACUAAAGCUGACGAACAUUAGCAACUGCAACUAAACAAGGAAUACGUAAUGAGUUUUUAAAUCACUGAUCAGGUGAAUAACUUUUAGCACAUGAACUUUGUGCCACUUGCUUUAUCUUAUCUGGCAUAGAGACCACUUUACACCUCACUGAAUCAUAUGAUUAGUAUCUGGAUUAGAUUUGGUAUCAUGUUAAGAUUUUAAUCAGAUGCAUAUACACAAUAGUUGAGUUGGAAAUCUGAAAUCUGAUUAGUGUGUGGGCAUAUUGCACAGCAAUUAUUAAUGGUGUUUUAGUUCUACUGGGCGAAGUUAUGUUUGUCAGAAGCAUUUACAUUUGCAAUAAUGCGGCUCAAAUGCAUCUCCUCAUAGAAACACAUUUGAAAGUGGAUUAAGCAAUCAAUUUUAAAUGCCUCUUGGGUGCACAGUUUUUUUUUUCUCGUCCAUAUAAUCCUGAUACUCAAAACACAUUAAAGCAAAAAGGGCCCUAACAUUUCAAACAAGA